GCGGAAGCGGAAGGCGAAUACCGGAAACGGUGUUUGGGGGCGUCCGCAAUGGCCGAAGCUGUGUCUGUAGCUGCUGAAUCUUUUGCAGGCGGCAGGGCCCGCGGUGCGCGCUCAGUACUAGGUCAGGUGGUGCUCCCGGGUGAGGAGCUGCUCUUGCCGGAACAGGAGGACGCAGAAGGCCCUGGCGGUGCAGGAGAGCGACCGUUAAGCCUGAAUGCUGGAGCGCGCUCGCGGGUGCGCGUUAUUUGUGGCCCGGGCUUGCGGCGCUGUGGGGACCGCCUGCUGGUCACCAAGUGCGGCCGCCUCCGUCACAAGGAGCCCGGCGGUGGCGGCGGCGGCGGCGGCGUUUACUGGGUGGACUCUCAGCAGAAGCGGUAUGUUCCAGUGAAAGGAGACCAUGUGAUUGGCAUAGUGACAGCUAAAUCUGGAGAUAUAUUCAAAGUUGAUGUUGGAGGGAGUGAGCCAGCUUCUUUGUCUUACUUAUCAUUUGAAGGUGCAACUAAAAGAAACAGACCAAAUGUGCAGGUUGGAGAUCUCAUCUAUGGCCAAUUUGUGGUUGCUAAUAAAGACAUGGAACCAGAGAUGGUCUGUAUUGACAGCUGUGGACGAGCCAAUGGAAUGGGUGUCAUUGGACAGGAUGGUCUGCUUUUUAAAGUGACUUUGGGCUUAAUUAGAAAGCUGUUAGCUCCAGAUUGUGAAAUCAUACAGGAAGUGGGAAAACUCUAUCCACUGGAGAUAGUAUUUGGAAUGAAUGGAAGAAUAUGGGUUAAGGCAAAAACCAUCCAACAGACUUUAAUUUUGGCAAACAUUUUAGAAGCUUGUGAACACAUGACAUCAGAUCAAAGAAAACAGAUCUUUUCCAGAUUGGCAGAAAGUUGAUACAGGUGGGCUUUUUUAAUAGGUCAGUUGAAGCAAAAAACUAUGGGUUUCCCGGGGAAAACUUUUUUCAGGUGAACCUCUCUCCAUUUAAAUACUCACAAGAUAAGGUGUGAAUGUACAUAUUAUCUUAUUAGAGUCCUAAAGUAUUUUUAUAAGUUACUGGUUUUCACCAACACUUUCAUGGGAGAGAAAAUCAUUGCAAAAUCAGGAUUUUUGUUGUUGUUGUUCUGUACAAUAAAGUUCACUAAAACGUUAACA